AUGAACAAUCCAAAAUACUCGCGAGGUCAUGGCGAUAGACGCUUGAAUGUUCAGAAUGUCACACUGUCAGAUGAGGGAGCCUACAGUUGCCGAAUCAAGAAUGAUGCGGGCGAAACACGUGUUGACUACAAACUUGUGGUCCUUGUACCACCAAGCAUUAUCAUGCUAGAUAAGGACAAAAACAGAUCAGUUACCGAGGACAGUUCGAUCACAUUAUCGUGUCCAGCGACAGGAAAACCAGAGCCAAAAAUUACUUGGCAAAAGGAUGGUGAAAUGCUUCAUCCUGAUAAUAUUAGCAGUGUGAUCAAAUCGGCACAAAUGGUUGGAAGCGAAAUAAAAAUUGCUAGGAUCAAACAGCACGAUACUGGAAGAUUUACUUGUGAAGCGUCUAAUAAAGCAGGAACAUCCGAACAAGAUGUGAUCGUAAAUGUUAUGAGUCAGUUUCUUUUCUCUUCAUUCUUUCUAUCAUUCAGCUAUCUGAAACUUAUUCUAGCACCACCUCGUAUUGAAAAGGAGGGAAUUUUGAGCGAUAUUGAAGAAGUUGCUGAUAGAACUGUCACUCUAUCUUGUCCAGUACAUGGAAAACCAAUACCAGCGGUC